ACAAAACAUACACUAAAGAAAAAAAAAAUAUAAAAUAAACAGAGCAGUGGUGAAGCAAAUUAGAAACACAUACAACAAUGGCGGCUGCUUCUUCUUCAAUGGCGAUGAGACAAGCAAUUAACAUGGUACAUGCUUCCCACGUCAGAUUUUCACUAUCUGGUUUUAUUAUACCUAAAUCACCUUCUGCAUUCAUCACCACCAACAAUAACAUUGAUAAUCAGUUCCUAAUCAGUAAUAACACUUUUGCCGAGUUAUUUUCGAGCAACCGUAAUAUAAUUCCGGUCUGUAAAGCAUCACCGGCCGACAGGGUUUCACCGGCAGCCGAUGACGACGGCGUUUCGUUAGGAACCAUGAAACUUCCCUCCAACACCGAUGUCGCUAGAUUCGAAACCUUGCUAUUUCAGUGGGGGAACAGCCUAUGCCAAGGUUCUAAUUUGCCGCUUCCGUUACCACUCAAGGUUGAUAAAAUCCCGGGUGGAGCAAGACUUGGUUUCAUCACAAUUGGAGACGGAGAAACCGAAGUAGUAGUGUACAUCGAUUGCUUAGUAUAUCCAGGCACAGAUAAUUCCGCUCCGGUUUUCCGCGCCAUAAGAAACGGCCCCAAAAAAGAUCAACCGCCACCUGGAGAGCCAAGAAUCAUGCGAAGCCUAUUGGACGCAUUAAAAAAGUGCGUCGAAAUAGCACGAGUUUGAAUUUAUUAUUAUUUUUUUGUUUGUUAUUAUACCUAGUAGUCUAGUACAGUUGUAAUAUAACUAAUAUUUUGUUUUCUUUCCAGCAUUGCUGAAUACUGUGAAGUUAAACUCCCUCUGUGUCGCGUCUU